AUGCCGCCGAGCAAAGAAACUGCAAGGCACGAAUGCGUUUCAGAAGAUGCGCUGCAACACCUCCGCACGUACAAGUACUCGAGCGUCGAUAAAUCCUUCAUCUCGCGCUACAUCCUCAAGCAUUACUGGAAUGCAUUUGUCGAGCUCCUGCCGCUGUGGAUUGCACCGAACCUCGUCACGUUAUUAGGCUUCUUUUUCAUCCUGGGGAACGUGGUGCUCCUCGAGGUUUACAUACCGGAUUUGGUCGGACCAGCGCCCUCAUGGGUAUACUACAGCUUCGCCUUUGGCAUGUGGAUGUACUCCACCAUGGACAACGUCGACGGAAAGCAAGCGCGCCGAACCGGCACAUCGAGCCCUCUAGGCGAACUGUUUGACCAUGGUAUAGACUCUUUGAACUGCACUUUGGCAUCUCUCCUCGAAACGGCAGCUGUGGGCUAUGGAAGCACAAAGAUUGGCGCCUUCACCGCGCUGAUUCCUGUGCUUCCCAUGUUCUUCUCCACGUGGGAGACAUACCACACGCAUACGCUGUAUUUGGGCUACUUCAAUGGACCUACUGAGGGUCUGAUACUGGCAUGCACCUUUAUUUGCAUGUCUGGCUACUUCGGCCCAGAAAUCUGGUCCACGCCCCUCGCAAACUACUUCCCGUCGUACGCAGCGGAGAUAGGCAACGUGACGCUCAAGGAGCUCUGGGUACCCAUUAUCCUCUUCACCUUCUUUGUCGCGCACCUCCCCGCCUGCAUUGUCAACGUAGCCAAGGCACGACGCAGCAGGAAUCAGCCCUUGUUACCUUUACUCAAGGAGUGGACUCCGCUCGUCAUCUUCGUCACGUGCACCAUGGCGUGGCUGGGCUCGCCUUAUUCAAGUUUGCUUAAAGACAAUCACCUCGUCUUGUACUGCUUGACCAUGUCGCUUGUCUUUGGCAGGAUGACGACGAAGAUUAUCCUCGCCCAUCUUACGCACCAGCCGUUUCCCUAUUGGACGAUUAUGCUCGCGCCGAUGAUUGGUGGUGCCCUGAUUAUCAAUCACCCGUACUUUACCAUCCCCGGAACGUCUUUCUUUGGGCCCGUCUCGGCUGGGUUCGAGCUGUGGUAUCUCCGCGCGUACUUUGUUUUCGCCGCUGUUGUGUAUGGUAAAUGGGCGCAUUUGGUUAUUACGAGUAUUUGCGAUUAUUUGGGGAUUAAUUGUCUUACGAUUCCGAGGAAGAGUGGGGAACAGAAGAAUGGACAUGUGGUGGAUGGAAAGGGACGGACUGAUUAGACGACGAUGUUGUUCGUUUGUCUCUUUCACGGAAGCGAUACGAUACGAUUAUCCCCUAUCCUCACUCCCCCUUAUAGACUGGGCGGCACGUCUCAUCGGCAUUACAGCGCAGCGCGGCAUCACCUCACGAGUGGUCUCUUCUUUCGGCCAGAGAGAGAGACCUACGUUUGACGCUUUCACGACCCGAGCUUGUUGUUUUGGAUACAUGGUACAGCUUUAUUAAUUUUCUUGGAUCGCACGAUUAUGCUUGUUCAGCUGCGAUUCAGGCUCUUUUCCUUUCACAUUCAUCAUUAGAGCAUAGCGGGUAUAGUAGAGCUAGUUUAAUCGCGUUUUCAACAACGUCUUUUUAGAUGAAAGAAAAGAGUGUUACAGGUU